CUGGUCCACACUCAUUUGAGCGAGUGCCCAAGUGAUCAGCAGAGAAGAGAAGGGUAGCAUGGCUCCGGGAGAAUCAGAGAGAAAGGAGGGGCCAGCCAAGAGGGCCCUCCGGAAGAUGCACACAGCCGCCUUGGUGAUCAAUUUGGCCCGAGGUUGGCAGCAGUGGGCAAAUGAGAACAGCACCAAGCAGGCCCAGGAGCCCGCAGGCUGGCUGCCGGGAGGGAACCAGGACCCACCCCAAGAGCCUAAACCAGGGAUACACCCCACUGCCCACCAGAAAACUCAGAGUGCCCCAAAGGGUCCUUCCCCAAAGCCAGAGAGCCAUGGAGAUGGACAAAGCUCAGAGGAAGCCCCCGAGGUCUCUCACAUCAAAAGGAAAGAGGUGACCAAAACAGUGGUCAGCAAGGCUUAUGAGAGGGGAGGGGAUGUGAGCCACCUCAGCCACAGAUACGAGAAGGACGGUGGCACGCCUGAGCCCAGGCAGCCAGAGAACGACAUUGACAGAAUCCUGUACAGCCACGACUCCCCGACGCGGAGGAGAAAAUGUGCCAACCUGGUAUCUGAGCUGACCAAAGGCUGGAAGGAGAUGGGACAGGAUGAUCCCAAGUGGAGGAGCGACAGCAUGGACACAGAGGACAGCGGCUAUGAAGGGGAGGCCGAGGAGAGGCCGGAGCAGGAUGGGGAGCAGGUGGCCGCUGCCAGAAUCAAACGGCCCCUGCCCUCUCAGUAAGUGAAUGCAUCCUUCUCCUCCUUAUACUGCGGUGGAGCCCCAACCAGCUCUGGGGACACGGAGCUCAGGGAAGUACCACCAAAGUUAGAAUGAGAAUCUUCAAGAUUGGGCAGGCAGCGGGGGCCUGAGGGGAAGGCAUGUCCCUCGGCUCAAAGGGCAGCCAGGCUCAGACGUGGGCCUUUGGGCAGAGGGCUUGCAUUAUUUUGUUUCUCCUUUCUGUUUGACCUGAACACUCAAGUUUUAGCCUCAGCAAAACAUGAAACCACCAGAGAGGAAUGAGUGUUUUGGUUAAGUUUUUAAAAAUCGAUUCUGUAAUGAGUGGCAGAUUGGCUUAUUUCUCAGCAGAGACAAGGGCUGGCUGGCAGAUUGAUUGGAGAACCCUUUCCUUUGUCUUGUGUCAGUCUAAAUUGUAUCAGGAGAAACAGCUACCCAAAUAAGCCCAUGGAACACAGAUAGAUCUCUAGGACCGUGUAAACAGGUGGGAGGCUGCUAGUUAACCUGAGAGCAGUUUCUGAAAUCAGACCCAAAUUCAAACGGCAGCUCUACCCCAGCUAUAGUUCACAAUACUGUA